AUGGCAGCCACAGCAGAGCCUGUGCUCUACCAGAAGCUGAAGCUCUGGGAGCCUAGAAUGGAAUCUGGCGGAGAGGAGGACGAGGAGGAGGGAGAGGAAGAGACCUCAGAGUCACUGGUCAUCUACUGCAGGAGGCCCCAAGACAACCCUGGGAACAAGGUUGGCGGGCUUCCUGGAGCCUGGGCUCGACUGGUGGCAGCCCUGCUACUGCUGGUGGUCAGCUGCUCCCUGGCUGUGAGGCAGCUCCAAGGCAGGGGCAGCUUGGCAGGAAGCUUGGGCUCCGUGGCACCCCCAGCCAGCAGACACUCCCAUCACGCUGGGGUGUACCACCAUGCUGCCAUCAUCAGCCCUGCAGCCACUUGCUCCCACCUGGGCCAACAGCUACUUGUUGCGGGGGGCAAUGUCGUGGAUGCCGGAGUUGCAACUGCUUUGUGCCUGGUCGUAGUGCAUCCUCACACCACAGGACUAGGUGCCAUGUUCUGGGGCCUCUUCCACAACAGCUCCUCAGGAAACUCAACUGCCUUGACCCCAGGACCAGCCCGGCCCCUGGCGCCUGGCCUGGGGUUGCCUACCGCUCUGCCUGCCCUCCACUUGCUUCAUGCCCGCUUUGGCCACCUACCCUGGCCACGUCUACUCAUGGAUCCCGCUAAGCUGGCUCAGGAGGGUUUCCUGGUGGACACAUCCCUGUCAAGGGCUCUGGCAGCCCAGGGUACAAAGCGCCUCUGUCCACUGUUCUGCCAUGAUGAUGGCACACCCCUGGGCCUUGGGGCCCGAGCCACCAACCCAAAACUGGCAGCUGUGCUACGCAAGGCAGCCUCCACCCCAGACCUUGCCGGGGAUGUCUUACUGAGUCUACUGGCCACAGACCUGGGGCUGGAGAAGCCUGCUGGGCCCACACCCACCUUGGAGCCGGCACUGCAGCUUUCCAUGCCUGAAGGCAUCCUGUUAACCACACCAGCACCUUCGGCUGGCCCAGAGCUGCUGGCACUGCUGAAGGCAGCCCCACACUCCAGUGAACCCAGCCCCAGCCCCUGCCCACUGCUCCCACAAACUGCAGGGACCCCUGUGAGCAGCAUCCUGGCCACUGUGGACAGCAGUGGCUCUGUGCUCCUUCUCACUUCCUCACUCAAUAGCUCCUUUGGCUCUGGACACUUGUCCCCAAGCACUGGGGUUCUGCUCAGCAACCUAGUGGCCAGGUCUGCAACUAGUCCCUGGGCCUGCCCCCUGAUUCUCCAUGGCAGCCUGGAUGACCCAGAGGCUGAUGUGGUAGGACUGGUGGCUUCGGGGACUCCCGAGGUGGCCAGAGCAAUGACUCAUGCCUUGCUCAGCCAUCUGGCAGGGCCCCAAAUGCAGACCCAGCAUCAGUACCAGGGCCAACAAGGACCAACAGAGAGACCCAGCAUUUGUAGUCAAGGGACCCUACUUCAAGUAGCAGCCCAUGCAGAACAUGCCCACGUCUCCAGCAUCCCUGGUGGCUGUUGCCCCUUCCAGGGGUUCUAAUAUCGGAACAGGGGUCUAGCACUGUCAGAGUUGGGUCAAGCCCUGAGGAACCAAAGCAGACCCAGCAGCAACAGGGUAUAAAAACAGUCCACAGCUACUAUAUGCUGUGGCUGGCCCAGCCCUAGCCUCUGGCCAAGUCAGUUACCAUCCUUGUAGGAACAAGGGCUGGACUGAAGACCUGGGUUGAAGUUCUAGCACCCAGGGCUAGCUCAGUCAUUCCUCACAGCAUCCCCCCCUCAUGGGAUUUCCAGCUGUUAUCAGCUAAGGAACUUGAAGAUAAUCAAGAGCAACAGCAUUCAGAUCAGCUCUAGGAAGACUUGUGGAAGAGCGCUUUAAAGGGCAGAGUAGGCAGUGCCCAGGUUACUGCUGGCAUCUCCAUCUUCCUUUCCAGGCCAUUCUUUGCCAAUCUGCCUCAAUUGGGAACAAAUAAAAAGCAAGCUUUCUGGGUGCCAAGUGCCAUUCCUAUUUUUUGGUUAAUUUCCAACUAGCCUUUGAGGCCCUUGAUGUCAGGCACCUCCCAAGAGUAGCAGGGGAGACCAACACCCAAAGAAAGGGGGAGCCUGGGCUUAAUGUCUUCCAGUUUCCCUGCCCUGC